GCUUUGUGUUUGUUCAUAGCUAUUGAAUGGGCUUAAGGGUUGCUCCUGCGUUUUGGUGAGCAGAAAUACCGAUCCCUCGACGUCUUCCAGAUCCUUCACCUAUGGUCGAUUCCUCUUCGAUCUUAUCGGACUAACUCGAUCUUUAUGGCUGUCUUAAGUUCCUCUGACGACGAAACGUCAACCUGUAACGCAUCCAGAAGAUCCUAUAUAUAGGUUCUUCAUGAAAUCAGUCGUUAACGCCGCUGCCGCCGCCGCUGCCGUCGGCAACCCCACGUUCGACUCUCUUCGUCUUGGAAGAUCUGCUCAAUCUGUUGUUGGUCGACUCAUCCGUUUUUGGGAUUCUCGCAACGUCAGCAAGAAUGGAGAGUUUAUGGGGAUAACAAUUCUACUCCUUGAUGAAUUAGACUCGGUGAUUCAUUGUUUCAUUCCAGCUAAUCGGGCCAACCAUUACCGGUCCUCUUUGAAAACCGGUUCUAUUGUCAGAUUGGACCGUUUUGACGUGGCAAGGGUGGGUCACACGUAUAAGAUUACUGAGCAUCAGUACGUCAUCCGGUUCAUUCCUUCAACGCGUGUUGUUGAGGUCCAAACGGACGCUCCUGUGAUCAAGAUGGACAAGUUUAUGGUUAGGCGUUACGAACAGCUUCAAGUGCUUGCGAACACCAGUUUAGAGCUACCAGAUGUUGUUGGUGAGAUAAAAUCUGUGCAGGGGUCCGAUCUCAAGAACCAAACAGCCACAAGCAGGGUUGUUGUCCGCCUAUUAAUUGAACCGAACGUGACCGUGUUCAUGUCUUUAUGGGAUGAGGCUGCAUCAGCUUUUAGAGGUCUCUUGAAAGCUGGGGAUAAAUCACAGUCCGUGAUGUUGGUGACCACAGUUAAUCCUAAACUCUUUGGAGGGAAUCUCUAUCUCAAUUCCACACAAGGGACUAGGUUCUUCUUUGACACCAGUAUCUCUGAAAUAGCAGAGUUUGUUAGCAGCAUUGGAGCUACACAACCUCAAGAUUAUACAUGUGUCGACACGCUUGAAGGAGUCAAGAAGAAGGAGCUUGUGUCAAUAAGGGAUCUCAACACAUUCAUCUCGAACUCUAACGAGCAGACCCAAGAAGCUGAUUUCCUCUGCAAAGCCCAGAUUAUUGGUGUCAUUCAGGAAAAUGGGUGGUUCUUUGUGUCUUGCACUGGUUGCCACAAAAAAUUGGAAAAACGUGGGACGUCAUUGGACUGCAGCAGAUGUGCAACUUCUGACGUGACUGGUGUUGUUAGGUUCCGCGUUGAGCUUGCUGUUGAUGACGGCAAAGAUAGCGCAACGUUUGUUGUCUUCGAUAAGGAGAUGAACAAGCUCACCAAACAGGAAGCUGCUGUGCUUGCCCUGGAUGAGGUUUCAAACGGUGGAGAGGAGUAUCUCCCAAGUUGUCUUGAAGAGCUAGCAGGGAAGGAGUUUGUGUUUCAGAUCCGUGUAACACCUUUCAACUUCACUCCCAAUCACCGUACCUUCACCGUUGCCACCAUCUCUGAAGAUAGCGAGGCACACUCUGAGAACAGUGGAGUUGACACAGGAUUGGAAUCUUCGUCUUCGGGCCCGUCUGUUUUGGGAGUCAAGAUUAGUGAAGAACGUGCAUCAGGCAAUAAUCCAGGGAAUGCAGGCGCUCAGCAGAGACGCAAGCGUGGCCGUGAGUAAUUGGGAAAACAUAUUCCUACAAACCCGUCAUCAGUCUUAUUUGUCUUUUUUUUUAAAAAAACUUCUACUAGCUAUGCUACUCAUUAUGAGCUUUGAUCUCUGUCGUUAUCGUUUUGAUUUUCCAUGGAUAUUUUCUUUUUUUCUGGAUUAUUAAUGAAUCUUUGACGGGUUAAAUUUGAUUCAUAAACCAAA